AUGCUCUUAACGGCCCUCACCUUCCUAGCCGUUUCGCUUGCACAAGCUACGGUGCCGUAUCGACGGGCGUCUCCUGCGCCACUAAUACAGCCAAGAGGGGCCAAUUUGGUUGAUAACACUUAUAUCGUCAAAAUUAAAGACGGUGCUAGCACUGAUUCGGUGGACGGAUUUCUCUCAAACCGUUCCAUCAGCUCCGUAUACACCUAUUACAAUGCACUCAGCGGAUUCACGGCCGUUCUAACAGCGGAGCAACUCUCCUCCCUGCGUGACCACAAUGACGUCGAGUAUGUGGAACAGGAUGCCGUUGUUCAUCUUGACCGGCCGAAGUGGAUUCUCAGCCACGAAACAGAGCAGAAGAACGCACCUUGGGGUCUCGCACGCAUUUCAAGCCUCAAGCCUGGCAGUAGUACCUAUAUUUUUGACGCCAGCUCAGGGGCUGGCACCUGCUCGUAUGUCGUGGACACGGGUAUUGAUAUUACCCAUCCGGACUUCGAGGGCCGCGCCAGCUUUCUCAUCAAUACUUUCGACAACGAAACAACCGACACAUCGGGCCACGGAACCCAUGUUGCCGGAAUCAUCGGGUCUAGGACGUACGGAGUCGCCAAGAAUACAACACUCUUAGGCGUUAGAGUCACGGACGACGAUAACGGUCGGAUCUCGGCCGCCAUUGCUGGACUCGACUUUAUCUACUCCGAUGCGAUUUCUCGCGCCUGCCCCAACGGCAGAAUCGUGAACAUGUCCGUCGGCUAUCCGCGGUCGGCUGCUCUCAAUGCUGCCGCCUCGAGGCUCGUCCGCGCUGGCAUCUUCGUUGCGGCAGGAGCAGGCAACUCCGGAGAGAUCGUUUCCACAUCCCCGCAGACGGAGCCCAGUGUUUGCACGGUUGGAGCAACUGCCAAAAACGAUUCCUUCGCUAGUUUCUCCAAUUAUGGUCCACUUGUCAGCGUUCUUGCUCCUGGGGUUAAAAUAUCCAGCACCUUUCUGAAUCACACUGUUGCCGUCGCGAACGGUACAUCGAUGGCCAGCCCACAUGUGGCUGGUCUUGCAGCAUACUUUCUUGGCAUGAAUAUGAGCGCCACUGGGUUAUGCCAGUAUCUCGCGGCAACCUCGAUUAGUGGGGCUAUUGCACGAGUCCCAGAGGGUACUGCUAACAAACUGGUCAAUAACGGGCAUAGAUAG